AGCGGGGGGGGGUUAUAGCACAGGAAUCGACAAAACAAAUUGGUCAUUUUAUCGUCAACGAAUCUGGUCAUUUCAAACAAGAAUCUUUCAUAAAACAGAUGAAAAAUCAAUAAAAAAUUAAAAGAAGAAUCUUGUCUUAUUUAUCACGACAAAUUUGAAGAUUCUUGUCUGAAGUGGCACAAUACAAGAAUCUUACAAAAAUAGGACAAUAAAGUCGACUAGUGGACUUAAAACUAGACACAUAACAGAAACACGCCAAAGAAGAAAGAAGACUUUUUUUCUUCUACAUGCAAUUCAGGUCUAUUUUGCUUGUCUCAUAAAGAAUGAAAACUUCAAUUUUUCACUGCGUAGAAACGUACGAUUAUAAUUGAAAAAUGUCAUAUGAUCAUCAUGGUUUUUGUUGCAAAAGAUUAGUAUUAAGUCCCUAGAAAUAUUCUCCUGUUCAUUGUACGUUUAGCUUUUGAUGUUUCGAUAAAAUUUAGACAUGGGCCAAUUUCACUAAAUAAUUGACCUAGUUUUUUUCAAUUUAAAGUUAAACUUUUUCUUCUGUCUAUGAAGGUUUUCAUACGUUAUUGGCUCACAUCCCUUGGUGGCUAGAAGACAGUGUUAGGGAAGAUGUCAAACAUAAUUGAACACAUAGAACGUAGACGUAAACUAUAUUCUACGUGCAUAUUUCUCUACUAGUCGAUAUAGAUGAAUAUGUCCUCUUAUCUCUCUUUUUCUCUCAUUUUGCAGAAACAGAAAACUCCGAUGUAAGAAACUUUCAUUUUCCGUCAAUAAAUAAUCUAAUUUCUUCUAUAUUUUGUAAUUUCAGCUCUUUUCAUUGUAUUAUACAUAAACACAGGCAGGUAUCGAUCGAUAUUCAUUUAUAAAAACAAUAAAUUUCAUGUUUUUCGAAAAUGGUUGUAUCUCUUGUAAAAGAGAAUGUAGAGUAAAAUCAUCUCUAUUUGGUAAAACUCAAUAAUAGAACUGCGACAAAUACCAUUUCUUUUCCUUCGAAAAGAAAAGACAUGAUAUUUGUCGCAGUUCUAGUGUAUUUCAGCAUGUUAUUUAUACAAUAAAACUAAAAUAAACAUGUUGAUUUUAAUCGAACUUUUUGUAUGCUUCCAUUGUGAAAGUCUUGGGCUUUUUACAUCUAUGAGUAGGAGAAAGCAUUAAGAAUAUGGUGGUACAAGGGUUCUUUAAUUUGGUCGAUAAAAUGAAUGAGUUAUUAGCAUUAGAUCGAACAACAUAUUUUACAAUCUCUUUUCAUUCUCCUAUUCGAUAGACAAACGCGAAAUAAAUACCAGUAGAAAUAUAUCUCUGAUACAUGUAUUCGAAUGCUAGAGGUCAACUUAUACAUAUGAAACAAACGAAUAUUCUCUAGCGCGAAAAAAUCUUAGAGAUUCUGCUGUUGUUUUGCUCCGGCUGGAUCUUCCUCUUUCAACUUAUCGUACUAUUAUUGGAAGGGCAGAUCGUUCUUUUUUUGAACAACUUUCUGUUCAUCGUCAUAUAAAUAUGUCUACUGCAUUUGAUACAUUUCUCUAGAUCAAUGAAUAGAAUCAUGUGCAUUCUCAAUUCUUUGUUGCUCAGAAUUGUCAUCGGAUCUGGUUACCUAGAAAGAAUCGUUUUUAUAUUGUUCCCUGCAUACUGACUUGGACUUAAACUUGUUUUUUUCAGGUCUGAUUUACUUAUCAACCAGUUUUAACGUCAUAUUCGUAACCUACGAACAAUAUUGAGUCGGAUGGAGUAUUAUACAUACGGUCAAAAUACAAAAAAGCUUUUUGGGGACAAGAAACCCUAAGGAAGAUCUUGACGGGAUCUAUCUCUCGAAAAACACACAUUUACCGACCAAGUCGAUGUAGUUUUAUAGAGUGUUGAAUUCUGAACAAAAUACACACUUUAGAAUCAGCUUAUGUUACAAAGGAAAAGUAUUUAGACGCAUUUUAUAUAUAGUAACUUACUUUAAUUCACUUAAAAUUAAAACUCAGGGUAUCUUGUAGCCUUGAAUGAGCUCUACUAAAUUCUGUAUUUAGAAUGACAAAACAAGCGUUUUCUCAAACCGGAAUUUUUCUGUUAUCAGCCUAAACGAUUUUAGUUACAUUGAUUUUAUCCUUUCUUUUUUUAGUUGUUUUUAAAGACUUUUUUUAUUGAAAACUUUGCACGAAAACUAUUGAGAUUGAUGGAGAUUUUUCAAUAUUUGUUCAAUGUUCAUUGAGACUGCUAAACGGAAGAAAAGCAAAUUUUCAUUGAGUGACUAGGUACUUCCGGCCUUCUGUAAACUGUGUCGACAAAACUUAUGCAUUCAUUACUUGGUUUGUUUUAUUGUCUGCCAUCCUGUUCGUGCUCAAGAUUAGGUUAAUAUACUUGUUGAUAUUCCUGGGCAAGAUUAAAAUUAAUAAUAAAAUACUGGAUCUCGUCUGUAUUUUGUUGGUUUCAACUAACGCUAAAACGCACGAGUGUAUCAGAUAUAACAAACGACAAAGAAAUCUGGCCUUAAUACUUCAUGAAAUUUCCGUACCUACCAGAAAUAUCUUGGCUGCUUUCGCCUGAAAACAGCAAAUCUGUGAAAUGUCUAGACCCAUAAUCAUCACCAAAAGUGUCGUGUGUCUGUCAACCGGCUUGUUAUAUUUUACGUGAACGGUCAUCCGUCACCUCAUCGCAUUCUCCUAGUGCGUGAUAUUUUCUUCUUUUACCUACACAUAGUGAUCUAUAUUCUAUUUUGUUCGAGUAACUUAACUUUUUCUAUAUGUGUCGUACUUCUUCUUAUCCUGGCUACUUUGUUAUUGUUCUCUUGUCAUACUAGAUUUUUCUUCUUCUCUCCACUAUAUAUACAUAUAUAUUUUCAGUUCAAUAGUCAUUAGAUCUACUUCAUUUUGUUAUGGCCACACUUUUGUACAAUCCUAAAUUCUUCUCAAUAAAACUUGUAAGAAAACGGUUUCAUUCGUUAUCAUUGGAGCAUUAUUGAUCUAACAACUGAGAGCCUGACCAAUUCUCGUGUCAAUUGAACGUCACACAAGAUGAAUCUAAAUGUUCGUUUUGUAACAUAUAAUUUAUUAAUUGAACUGCACGAAGAUUUCUUAGUGUUGAUUUUUUUUCUUAUUGAUGCACCCGGUCUUAAAGGCUCAAAUCGUGUUGCUAGAUAGAGUUAAGUAUCAGGCAAUUUCUGACAAAGUUUGGAAGUGGUACUGUAUCUUUGACCUGCUAUAGAAGUUUUAGUGAAGGGUAUGAAAAGUGAAAAUUUGACAUUUUUCUCGAAAAAUAUUUUUUUCUCAAACAACAACCAUGUUGUUUUAAUUCUUUUAUCGCCAGUUUAUAGUGCGUUUUCCACUCUACAAAAUCCGAUAUAAACAGUAUCUUCACUAUACUUCCUUACUGAGUUAAAAAACUUUUUUCAUCUCAUGUUAGUAAAUGGUCAAACUUUUCAGAAAAUUAUUUUUUGAGAAACGAUAAUAGUUUCAAACCAGAAAUUAUAUAUGGUUAGAUGCGCAAUAAAAUUCUCUAUCGAACCUGCUAUUCAGCUCUUUGGUACUUUCACAUUUUUAAAUCCGGCAGGGUCCUUUGCUGCACACUACUUAGAAGAUGAAAGGCUUCCAUAAACAGUACACUUUGGUCAAGUUGAAUGGAGCCAAUUUUCAUUUUUCGAAUGAAUAUGAAAUUAUCUUUUUUCUAAAGCAUGAUAUCAUGUGCAAAUAUAAAAUUGUGUGCGUACUUAGAAAUGUGCAAAAUAAGAGUUACCUUUUCUCAGUUUAAAGGUUUUCUCCUACAUCAAUGUGAGUCUAUGAUUAUUUGCAUUGUCUGCCAACAUUUUAUUUCAUUGUGUAAUGAUGAAAAACACGAAUAAAAAUUAUUGUCUAUGAAGCCCUUGUUGCGCUUAUCUCUAAGCAAGUAAAGACAAUGUUCUGGCAAGUACAUUGUUCAACUAAUCUAUCCGGGAAAAGGCAAGCAAUUAUUUCAACGGAAUGGCUAUUGACAGGUGUAGAUAUGUCAACAAAAUGAUACUGCCACUUUCGGGAGUGUCAGCAAAGACGUCAUCCGACAUUUGGUCGCCCUGACGUUUAAACGAUGUACGAACUAUGCUUUCACUCUCAAGAUUCGGAUUGUAUAUUCAUGUUGUGCGAGGUGUCGUGUAUUCGGCACCUCGCUCAGUGCGAGAGGAUAGGUGAAUAGUGAGAGUGAGUGGAAAAACAAUAUUCCUCGAGAGAAUUCAAAAAUCUGAAAAUCUAACAGAUGAAAACAAAAAGUUAUAUAAAAAAUAUUGUAAGAAAAUAUGUAGUGAAGAACGUCAUUUUGAACACGCACUGCAACUCUAGUUGAAGCAAGUAAAUGAAUUCAGAGAAGCUCAAACUUGCCGUAGACUGUAUAAGAGAUUGUUCAAACGUCGUCGCCACUUCGAGGGAGUGGCCCACUAUUAGUUUGAACUGUCCUAAACUCGACACAGUGCACUGUUAAGUAAACGUUGUCAUGAAAUUAAAGCCUCUCCCCUCUAAAAGCGAUUUUUCAUAUGAUAUAUCCUUAACCAAUCUUUCAGAAAAUGUACAUUCUUAAGUAAAUCGGUCAGCAUUAAAAUUUGAUCCCAAAACCUUUAAUCAUUCCGAGGUUGUGGAGCCCACAAUGGGAUAGCACUAGGUAUGCACCAGUACUAGUAUACUGGAUACCCAAAUAGUUUGGUUACCCAAUAUACUGGUACUGUUGCAUACCUAGUCUAUGGUUAGUGAAUCAAAGAUGAAUGUUACUUGUUAAAAACUGCAGACAUUGAAUUAGUAAUUAUAAUUAGCUGCCCUAGCAAAAAAACAUGCUCCAGAUCAUGAUAAUUUACAAAGGAAAGUAGGGCCCCUACUUUAAAAACAUCAAAGCAAAGAAAAAUGAAACAUAAAAGAGAACGGGAGAAAACCGGCAUUGUUGAUAUCUACUGUUGAAUAUAGUGUAAUAUACCGUGAAAAUCCACAGUGGAGAAUCCGAGUCCAAAAAGUGUCGGAACCCCGACGAGAUCUUUGCGCCGUACAACGUAACUCGUCACGCUGCUUCCGAAUAUGUAAAAAUCUCGAGGGUCGCUUCUCUAGAAUAAAACCAUCAUAUUUUGAUAUGUGUAAUCGUGAAACUCCUUCUUAUAAAACUUACAUACUAUAUAGAAUAAUUGAAGUACUUCGGGAAGAGUGUGGGUUCUAUUUUUGAACCUUGAUGACAAGAAAAAAUGCAUUUGAAGAAAUGUACGUUUAUUUCUGUGCAAAGUAAAAUAAGCGAUAAAACCUGUGACACUUGUGCUACUUAAAAGUGAUUAAGAAUAUUGACAAAAUAAAGGACCCUGCCGGACCAAAAAGCUGAAUAGCAGGUUCGAUAGAGAAUUUUAUUGCACAUCUAGUCAUAUAUAAUUUUUGGUUUGAAACUAUGAUCGUUUCUCAAAAAAUAAUUUUUUAAAAUAUUUGACACAUUUCGCAUUUACUGACAUGAGAUGAAAUAGGUUUUUCAACUCAGUAAGGAAAUUUAGUGAAGAUACUGCUUAUACCGGAUUUUGUAGAGUGGAAAACGCUCUAUAAACUGGCGAUAAAAGAAUUAAAACAACAUGGUUGUUGUUUGAGAAAAAAAUAUUUUUCGAACAAAAUUUGAAAUUUGCAUUUUUUGGUGAAAAUUAUUUUCACCAAAAAAUGAAAAUAAACAAACAGUGUCGAAUAUCAUUCGAUUUAGUUUGCGACGCUGAUUUCGAAUAUGAUAUUUUUAUUGCAUAAAACUUGAGUCCUGAUGAAUAAAAUUGAGAAUACCGACAGAAUUUGGAUUUUAGCGCUCCUGAUUUAGAAAAUACGAACUUUCUCAGUGACAAAACAUAAUGGAAAGCAAAGCGAUAUGUAGUUUUAAAGCUAGUUUAAUGACGGUUCUAAUGAAGUACAAAACUUGGCUCGGUCUUUUCAAAGAAAAAACUAGAUUGGUUUGUAAAAUUGUUUCUGAACUUUUUAUAGGAGGAGUCCAAGACUGAUUAUUCUUUACUUUUUCUAUAUUCGUCUAAUAUACCGUUCGAUUGUGCUUUGACCGAGGAUCAACAAUAUUAUCUUAUUUUUACAAAAAGACAUAAUGAAAACAAGAAAAAUCUAUUUUAAGACCAAACAAUCAAUAACGUAAAUUCUAUUGUAGGAUCAUGUGUUGGAGCUGAAGUUGUUGCUAAUCUAACUGCUGAUGCUUCUAAAUCACCAGUUGUUGUUAGUCCUUCCACAUUGUUCACUGCUAAUGCUUUAUGUUCAUCGAGUUCUUUGGCCUUUUCUGCACCAUCACCUAGACAUAAAUCAGUACGUAAACAAGCAACGGAGAAUUACUUAACUACGGCAAAUAAAAAACGGAAAUUGUAUGAUGAACAUUUAAGAAACUUCGCUGAUAAAUUUAAUCAAGGAGAUUGUGUUGGUAUUAAAAUUCAUGAUGUUGAUAGAACUAAUACAGAUCCGAAGAUUUUGCCAUGUGUUAUUCACACGAAAGAGAAAAAAAAUGAAGAUUUUGUUUUUGAACUUGCUUGUCAGUUUGGAAUACUGACUACGAAGUUUGGUGUUGAAAGUCUUGUUGAUUUAAGAACAGCUUGUCCAGCGGAAUUGAAAAACUUGGAUAUUCUUGAAUUAAAUGACAUAACUGUUAUUGAAGCUAGUAAACUGUUUGUUCGUGAUGCAAGUACUGCGACCUGUGAUUGUAAGUCUGAUUGUGCGACAAAACGUUGCCCAUGUAAGAAAUCGAAUGUGAAAUGUUCAACUAAGUGCCAUUCAAAAUGA